GUUUUGCGUAUCAUCCAAUUCUCUGUUCACACCUGACAUUUUCUUUCUAAGGCAUCCAUUGCCUCCCCCUGCAGUAUAGCACAUUCUUCCACACUUCGCUCCAUUAAAAUAAAAUUUCUCGUUGUUGUGGGUUUGAAAACGAUGAAAAAGAUUCCUUUCUGGUUCAGGGAAAAUUCCAUAUAAAAAAAACUUUUUCUUUUGUUGGUUUGCCCGUUUUGUGUUGGAAAGGUAAAAAAGGGCAACGUGGAAUACUUUUGUGUUUGUUUAUUUGUUGCGGAAGGUGUUGGUUUUUGAGCUUUUAGGUUUUUCAUCUGAUCAAGCUUCUCAUUGGGUUCGUUAGCUGCUGUAUAAUCCUCUCUAUGAAGUUGAAUUAUCUGUGUUCAUGAGACAGUAGUUUAUUUCAAAAUGGGUUGGCUGAGCAAAUUUUUUAAGGGAUCUAAUCACAAGGUUUCAGAAGGACAACAUGUUUUGAGCUAUGGUGGACACAAGGAGGAAAAUCAUCCAUCUACUUCAUGGGACCCAUUGUCGGAGAUUGAAGAUAUAGACCGUGCUAUCGCAUUGUCGCUUUCAGUAGAUGACCAAAAUGGUAAAAGUGUACCGGAUAAAGAAAAACAGUUAAAUGAAGAUGAACAGCUUGCCAGAGCUCUUCAGGAGAGCUUGAAUCUCGAGUCCUCAUCACUAUGGAAAGGAAAUAUAGAUAAUCAUGGACGUGGGGGUCGUUAUGGAAAUGGAAACUAUUAUCAACCUAUCCCUUUCUCCAAUGCAGGAAGUUUCAGGAUAUGUGGUGGGUGCAACAAUGAGAUUGGCCAUGGGCGAUUCUUGAAUUGUAUGAGUGCUUUAUGGCAUCCAGAGUGUUUCAGGUGCCAUGCAUGCAACCGAGCAAUAUCUGAUUAUGAGUUCUCUAUGUCCGGGAACCGUCCAUAUCACAAGACUUGUUAUAAGGAGUAUUUUCAUCCAAAGUGUGAUGUAUGCAAACACUUUAUCCCAACAAAUGCAGCAGGUCUUAUUGAAUAUCGUGCACACCCUUUUUGGUCCCAGAAGUACUGCCCAUUUCAUGAGCGCGAUGGAACACCACGCUGUUGUAGCUGUGAGCGGAUGGAGCCACAUGAAACAAAUUAUGUUGCCUUAGGUGAUGGUAGGAAACUCUGUUUGGAGUGUUUGGAAUCUUCCAUUAUGGACACCAAUCAGUGUAACCCCAUUUACCUUGAUAUACAAGAAUUCUAUGAAGGGCUAAAUAUGAAAGUGCAUCAGAAAGUCCCAUUGCUAUUGGUUGAGAGACAAGCCUUAAAUGAAGCUAUGGAUGGAGGGAAACAUGGGCAUCAUCACAUGCCUGAGACAAGAGGACUCUGCCUUUCCGAAGAAAGAACAAUCAGCACUAUACUGCGUGGGCCCAAGAUAGGGGCUGGAACUCGUACCAUAGAGAUGAGAAGAGAACCAUUUAAAUUAACACGGCACUGUGAAGUGACGGCAAUACUAAUCUUGUAUGGUCUUCCUAGGUUAUUGACAGGAUCCAUCUUAGCGCAUGAGAUGAUGCACGCGUGGCUUAGACUUAAAGGUUUUUGGAAGACCCAAUUGCAGCUUGCUGUAACAUUGGGGACAGCUACUUCGUGCCUUUGAACACUUCUUCCUUCAACGUCCUGCUCUCUUGAUGAGUCAUCUCUUUGUAGAAUCACCUCCUGCCCUUGUACUUUCCAUUUGAAGGUUAUCAAACUCUUAGCCAAGAUGUGGAAGAAGGCAUAUGUCAGGUUUUGGCUCACAUGUGGCUGGAAUCACAAAUUUUGUCACUUUCAAAAGUCAAUGGUGCAUCAUCAUCUUCAGCACGCUCAUCCCUGACUGGACCACAAUUUGAGUUGAAACUUGGUGAGUUCUUUAAACACCAGAUAGAGUCAGACACAUCUCUGGUAUAUGGAAAUGGUUAUAGAAGUGGUAACCAGGCAGUACUUAAGUAUGGUUUGGAGAGGACAUUGGAACAUAUUCGAAUGACAGGCACCUUUCCUUGUUAAAAUUAUAAUUUAUACUACGUAUAUCAAUUUUUUUUUUUUACUUUGGUUCUUCAUAAAUCAUUGUUACUUUCCUUUUGCCUGUGACUGGUUCAUAUUGGCUUCCUGGACUCACUAGUUCAUAUUGGCUUGCCUUCCUGGAGGACCUGGACUCACUGAUCCACCAUGCAGCUACUCUAGGAUUUAGAAAUUCUUAUACCUUUGUGCUGUUCCAAAAGGAAAGAUUGAUUUGUCACAAACGAUCUGAUAAUAGGAAAUACAAAAAAAAAAAAACAAAUUGGGGUUUUAACAUAUAGAUAAUUCAUGGUGUUUUGUUGUUCAACAAAUCUCCAGUCCUGAUUUCUUUAGCACAACUGCAGCAGCCCAACUGCGGGGAGAUGGAGGUUUACAAGGUUGAAGUGUUGAACUAAAUGAUUGGGUUGAGCAUAUCGUUAAAGGAAAAUUAAUCAAAAGGGUGAAUUGAUCUAUGCACAACCUUUAAUUUGUUAAAAAAGUUGCAACUUAAUUGAUGAAAUAUCAUAGCUUGCUAUUAAAAUGAUACGAAGUAUGUCAUAUGAGAUCGUAUUAUAGUGACCAUAAAUACUCGUAGAUAAUAAAUUCAGUUAAAUAUGUGAGUAUGUGACAUUGUGACCAUAAUAUCACUUAAAAUUAUCACGUU